AUGGGAUACAGUCAACCACAAUUGCCAACAACCAUUGGAAAUAUCAAAAUUAUUUUAGAUGAUGAAUCCAUGGUUGAAUUUUUCGUUCAAACAAGUGAUAUUGAUUUUAACAAAAAUUUGAUUUUGGCGUGCCUUUAUGUAUAUUACAAAUAUUCAUCGAUGAAUAAUAAACACACAAUGUCCAAUGUUUAUAAUCAUAUUACAGUAGUAAUGUGUAUUAUAAGGCAUCGUUUCAUUAAUAAGUCAGGGACAAAAAAAGUACUAUUACAGUUAGUGGAAGAAAAUUAUAUAACAAAAACAAUAAAACAUGAAUAUCAGGCAAAGUUAUCAAUAAUCGAAGAAGAAAUUACAAAACAUAAAAAUAUAAGCAUCAUUAAUGAAAUUCUAAACAUAAAAGAAGAGGUGUACAUGAGAACAGCAGUAUUUUAUAAUCUUCCAACGACAGUAUUUUCAAAAACCUUUCAAAAAUUUCAAGCACCAAUCAAUAGAAAACAAAUAUUCCAAAAAUUCACCAAAAAAAUGAACUUCAUCAAAAAUUUUUUAAUUAUUAUCACAGCAAUCCAUCACACAACAUUCGAUACCAUACAUACAACCUAUAUUAAUGAAACAGAAACCAACAAGGAACAGUUACAAAACCUCUUAACCACACUUCCGCAAAUUACAAAAGACUCAACAUUGACAAUACACGAAAUCAACGAAUUAAUAGCAAACCAUCACACUCAGAAUGCAACAAAUUAUUCCCAAUUUGCACACUUACCAUCAUCAACAUUAAAAACAUCUUCGGCUUCAAAAUUAGAAUUUUAUACAGAACCUUCACAAAUACAAAAAUACAUACAGGAGUCAUCAUUGGAGAUAACAUACUACCUACCUUUUCCAGCACUUACGACGUUGUUCGGGGACCUAAGAAAGUGUAUCGCCAAAGUGCCAUAG